UAAAGAAGGCUAACUUGUACAAAGCAAAGCAAAGUAAAAAAAAAAAGACAUCAACACUUUAUUUUAUCUAUUUAAAUACACUCUAAAUAAGUCCUUUCCCAUUAAUUCUUAGUCAAGUGUCAACAUGGCUUCAGAGAAAGUUGAAACUGUUGUAGCAGGGAAUUAUGUAGAAAUGGAGAGAGAAGAGGGCAACUCAAGUUCUACUAAGUCCAAAUUUUCACAGUUUCUUUGGAAUGGUGGCUCAGUUUAUGAUGCUUGGUUUAGUUGUUCUUCUAACCAGGUUGCGCAAGUUCUUCUGACAUUGCCAUACUCAUUUUCACAACUUGGAAUGUUAUCUGGAAUUCUUUUUCAACUUUUCUAUGGUUUGAUGGGAAGUUGGACUGCUUAUCUUAUUAGUGUUCUGUACGUUGAGUAUAGGACUAGAAAAGAAAGAGAAAAAGUUGAUUUCAGGAAUCAUGUUAUUCAGUGGUUCGAAGUUCUUGAUGGAUUGCUGGGUAAACAUUGGAGAAAUGCAGGCCUCUUUUUCAAUUGCACCUUUCUUUUAUUUGGAUCUGUAAUUCAGUUGAUUGCUUGCGCAAGCAACAUCUAUUAUAUAAAUGACAAUCUAGACAAAAGAACAUGGACCUACAUCUUUGGAGCAUGUUGUGCUACCACAGUCUUUAUUCCUUCAUUCCAUAAUUACAGGAUUUGGUCAUUUUUAGGUCUAAUUAUGACUACUUAUACUGCAUGGUAUCUUACAACUGCAUCCCUAAUUCAUGGACAGGUUGAAGGAGUAAAACAUUCUGGUCCAACCAAAAUGGUUCUCUACUUUACUGGGGCUACCAACAUUCUUUACACCUUUGGUGGGCAUGCUGUCACAGUGGAAAUAAUGCAUGCGAUGUGGAAGCCACAGAAAUUCAAGCUAAUAUACUUGUUGGCAACAUUAUAUGUGUUAACCCUAACACUACCAUCAGCUUCUGCUGUUUAUUGGGCAUUUGGUGACUUGUUACUCACUCAUUCAAAUGCUUUCUCUUUGCUUCCAAAGACCAGAUAUAGAGAUGUCGCUGUCAUACUUAUGCUCAUUCACCAGUUUAUUACCUUUGGAUUUGCAUGCACACCUUUAUACUUUGUUUGGGAGAAAUUCAUUAGGGUUCAUGAGACUAAGAGUUUGUUCAAAAGGGCAUUGGUUAGACUGCCUGUGGUGAUACCAAUAUGGUUUUUGGCUAUUAUUUUCCCAUUCUUUGGCCCUAUCAAUUCAACGGUUGGAUCUCUUCUUGUCAGCUUCACUGUCUACAUAAUUCCUUCAUUAGCUCACAUGAUUACUUUUUCUUCUGCAUCAGCAAGAGAGAAUGCAGUAGAGAGGCCACCAUCAAUUUUAGGAGGAUGGGUUGGAAUAUUUUGUGUGAACAUAUUUGUAGUAGUAUGGGUAUUUAUUGUAGGAUUUGGGUUUGGAGGAUGGGCAAGUAUGCUCAAUUUCAUACAUCAAAUUGCUUCAUUUGGUGUAUUCACUAAAUGCUAUCAAUGUCCUCCUCACAAGGCUUGACCAACUUACUGAUCAAAGGACAACAAGUUUUAAUAAUUUUAUGAUACUUAAGAACAAAGUGUGUAAAGAGAUUGGCAUUUGUAACUUUUUUUUUCUUUCUUGCAAGAGUUUUAUUGUUGAGGGUUGUCAAAAAGGUGUGAUGGCAAUCUUGGCCACCCCCCAUUAUACAGACCUAUAGUUGUAAACUUGUAACUUUGUGUGUUGAUUAAUCUUUUUAAUUGAGAAGGCAUUCCUUGUUUUCUUUUUUGUGGAA